AUGGAUAAUUGUCUCUCUCUCUCUCUCUCUCUCUCUGUGUGUGUGUGUGUGUGUGUGUGUGUGUGUGUGUGUGUGUGUGUGUGUGGGUGGGUGAAUGGUUGCAUUGUGGAUGUUUAUUGGAUGUCUACUCAUUGCGCCGUUUGUUUGUUUUUUUUGUUUUUUCCCUCUUGUUGUUUCUUCUUACUGGUUUAUACAUGCGUGCUCCGCAUGGGCUUUGCUACGGCUGGUCGUUGUGACGCCGUGCAUUUUUGGCGGCAGAAGGUGAAUAUCGCCGAAAUAUCUUCCAGGAGAAGGGAGAAACGAAGCGGGCACAUUGGCGGUGUGGCGAGAGGAUUAAUGCAGGAGGAACACACGUUUGAUGAUCCAGAGGCGGCAUUUUUUACCCCGAGCCUUUCCAUUGCUACUGGUGACACUCAAAUUUAUGCCGCGCCGCUGGAGAAUUACAGCAGAGAGAAUGAGGCGCAGCAUGACGAGCUAAAGACUUUUCUUGGCGAAACAGAGGAGUUGGAAGAUGAGAAAGAAGCGUACGCCUCUUUGUUUCAUGAGGGUAUGAAUGACGAUGAGGAGGCGACAUAUAAACAGCAGAUGGGACAACAGGCUUUGAGUGGGAUGGAAGGCGACGAGGCCACAUUUGAUGCUGGCAUAUUCUUUGUGGGUAAGGAUGACAAUGAUACGGGUAAUGUUGAUGGUGACGGGAAUGAGGCCAAUGUUGGUGGCGCAUUUGAGUCAGAAGAGUUUCAACAUGAUGAUGCGGAUAGCGGAGACGAAGACGAAGACAAUGUCACCUCGGAGAGGAGUAACAGGCUCAAAUUCCCUCUGUCGCGUGUCCGGGAGCUGUUGAAAUUCCACAGUAACUUCUCCAUUGUGGCGAAGGACGCGGGUGCGGUGGCUGGGGAGUCGGUGGUGUUGAUGCUGCAGGACUUGACAAGGCUGGCGGCGGCGGAGGCUGAGCGACAGAGGCGGAGGACAGUGACGUACGCGGAUAUUGCGCGGGUGGUGCAUCACUUUGACCGCUUCUCAUUUUUAUCGGACAUCAUCCCACCCGUUUCGGUAGUGGCGGGCGGUGCAAAAGCGGUGGCUGUCGGUUCUGCCACUUCUCUUGCGGCCGAAUCGAAGACAAGCCGCAGCGCCGCUCGUGAGGGAGCGGUACGAGCGCAGCUGAAAUCAACGGAGACUGGGGGCGGCGGUGCAAGUAUGCGACAGACGACACUUCGCUUUUGA